AUGAGCGGGCGAAGACCGAGGAGGCCGGACGCCGAGGACGAUUCCCUCACCUCCAUCGCCAGAGAGGCAGAAGCGCGGCUGGAGGCAAAGAGAGCGGCUAGAAAGGAAGCUCGUGAAAUCCGACUCAAAGAACUCGAUAAGCAGCAAAGAGAGGGAAAGCGCUGGAAUGAUAGGUCCAUGCGUUAUUCGAUGCCCAACUUGUCCUCAUCAUCCCGUUCGGGCUCUUCUCUUUCGCUGUACAAAAGCCAGUCUCGGUUAAACUCGCGAAAUGGCUCCGAAGUAGACUCUCUCUACCGCUGUGACUCGCGGAAUUCUCUCUUCUCGGACAUGGACGAUUUAGAGAGCCAAUCCGGCGACUACCUUCUCAACUCUUACCAGGAAGGAAAUGGCUCACUCCCGAAGAGGUUCGCCGAUACAAACGACUACUCGACUUCGAACGGCUCGAAUGGCCGCCCCAGAGUAGAGAUCUCCGCCGAGGACCGCGUCCGGCGCUUGGAAAAUACCUAUUUCAAUGAGCUGAAAGAGCUCAAAGCGAUGGUGCAGAACGCACAGCUCGACAACGAGAAGACCGCCUGGCACUACGAGAACGAACACCUAAAGAACCUUUUGGAAGAAAGGGAGGACACCCUCGCCACCACGCUCAAAGAACUCAAUGAAAAAUGCCAACUAGCACAGCGACUAAAGACACAAACCGAAGCUCAAAAUCUCAAACUGGACCAGUUACGCGAAAUCAUCAGACAGAAAGACCAGAUCAUCCAGGACAAGUCGAGUAAGUCGGAGAGUCAGGAGCAGUUGCGCGAAUUGCGCGAGACGCUGAUCUGGCGAGACAACAAAAUCAAAGCGCUAGAAGUCCAGCGCGACUACUUUCAAAAUCUAGCGCAGUCUCAGAUUUCCCUUGUUGCAAAGAAGGACGGCGGUUAUGUUCCGGAAAACGACGAUUCUACGGAGCUUGAGCUGCUGCGAAACGAGAAUGAACAGUUGAAACAGCAGCUGCUGGCCCAGAACUCGAAGAGCUCGAGCUCAGCUUCUGAAGAAGAAAUCCAAGUCAAAGAGCGACUUUACCAGGAGGCGAAGGCAAGAGCGAAUAAAGCCGAGCAAGAAAUAGAAGCGCAAAAACAAUACACAGUGAGACUAGAAGGGCAAGUAAGCCGGUACAAAGCUGCUGCCGAUCACUACGAAUCUUCGGAAGACGACCUUAAGGCCGAGAAACGUAGACUUCAACGGGAGCUGCGGACGUGGCAAGACAAAGCAGAGGAGCUAGAACUGACAAAUGAACAUUUGGAGAAGAGGCUUGAGAAGAUCCGACAAGCGAGAAUGAAAACGUGA